AUGUUCCACCAGUUGACGGAUCAAACCGUGAAUGGCAGCUGUCUGGGACCCACCUCUGUGUGCAAUAAGACCGCUGGUGGAGACGCGCUCCAGCUGCCCACUUUCUCCACCGCGGCCAAAGUCAGAGUCAUCAUCACCUUCACUCUGUGCGCAGUGUCAGCUGUGUGCAACUUGGUUGUGCUGUGGGCUGCAGGCAACGGCGGCAAGCGCAAGUCACACGUCAGGAUCCUCAUAAUGAACCUGACGGUGGCGGACCUGCUGGUGACUUUCAUCGUGAUGCCCGUGGACGCGGUGUGGAAUAUCACGGUGCAGUGGCAGGCGGGAGACGUCGCCUGCAGGUUGUUAAUGUUCAUGAAGCUGGUGGCGAUGUACUCCUGCGCUUUUGUAACUGUGGUCAUUAGCUUGGAUAGACAGUCUGCCAUCCUCAAUCCUCUGGGCAUCAGUGAGGCCAAAAGGAAAAGCAAAAUCAUGUUGACUGUGGCCUGGACGAUGAGUGUGAUCCUCUCACUCCCUCAGAUGUUUAUAUUUCAUAAUGUGACCAUCACAGUGCCAGAGAACUUCACCCAGUGCACCACCCAUGGCAGUUUUGUCCAGCACUGGCAGGAGACCAUGUACAACAUGUUCACCUUUGUGUGCCUCUUCCUCCUGCCUUUGGUCAUUAUGAUCUUCUGUUACACACGAAUCCUUGUUGAGAUAUCCAGCCGCAUGGCUCGGAGUAACCUGGUGUCGAGAGAUGUUCAUCUCCGCCGCUCUCACAACAACAUCCCAAAAGCUCGGAUGAGGACUCUUAAGAUGAGCAUUGUCAUCGUGACAUCGUUCAUCAUCUGCUGGACACCGUACUACCUCCUAGGCCUGUGGUAUUGGUUGUUUCCCGAGAAAAUGGAGGAGACGGUUUCCCAUUCACUGACUCAUAUGCUCUUUAUCUUUGGCCUCUUCAAUGCCUGUCUAGACCCCAUCACUUACGGUCUGUUCACCAUUCAUCUCCAAAAGGGUCUAAAGAAAUGCUGUCGAAGCCCAAACACGCGGACUGAACUAGAAAAUAACACUUGUGUUAUGCACAUGACUCGCCUGUCAUCUCACAGGCAGAUUGCCUCAGGUAACCACAAUACAGACCUAGAGGAGGUAAACUACAAGAACAGAACAAAAAGUGGCUUCCAGUCAAGUCCAAUCAUCCCAGUAAGCAAGAUAUAG